AUGGAUGUGUCGUGGGACGCGGAUAAUUUUGAGCCUAAACUACCGACCACGUUGACUACUUCGAAUAAAUGGGAAGGCGAAGACGAGGAAGAGAUUGUGAAGGAAAGUUGGGAAGACGAGGAGGAAGAAAAGAAAGAUGAGGAAAAAACUGAAGUCCAGGCACCGCCUCCACCGAAACCGAAAAAGAGAAUUCAGGAUAAAAUAGCCGAAAAAGAGCGUUUAGAACGUGAGAAGGCUGACCGUCUGUCCGUUGAGAAGGUAGAAGAACUGACUCCUGAACAAAAGCUAGCUGAAAAACUGAAAGCUCAGAAACUCCAAGAGGAGUCAGACUUAAGGCUCGCCAUGGAGACCUUUGGUGUAACAGAGGCAAACCUAGGCAAAAUCGAUGGCUUCCAACCUACUACAAAGGCUGAAUUCACAGAGUUUGCUGAUUUGCUAACCAAGAAAAUAUGCUUCUACAAGGCCAGGGAGGAGUUCCCCACAUUCAUUGAUGAGUUCAUCAGGAAUAUUGUUGUUCAAUUGCCAUCAGCAGAUAUAAAAAGGAUAAAGAUGUCUGUGGACAACCUCUACAUUGAGAAGCAGAAAUCUGAAAAAAUGGACAAGUCCAAGAAGCCAACGAAGGGCAAAGGAAAGGCUAAAUUAAAAGUUGAAGGCGAUAAUGCUCAUCUCAAUCAAUACGACAGUUAUGGUAAUUUCGACGAUGACUACGACGAUUUUAUGUAA